UGAACAACUACUUAUUUCAAGGUGAUUGUAUUUCUUCUAAUGCUCUAAGCGAUCGUUCAAGCAGAAGUGUAACAGUAUUAUCAGCUGAAGGAGCUUUUCCAGGGACUAUCACAGUCUCCUCCCAGGAUCAUGAUGAAUCAUCUGUGAGCUUCAUUGUGCAGUAGAUAGCCGAGUGAAUGCAGCAAACACACGCUUUCGCUUUUCAGAGAUGAAUGACAGCUCUCCAAUAUCUGAGAACAUCAUGUUUCACCAGCUGACUGCAGAUACUCUGAAUAGUAGCUGUGACUACACCUUGCCCAUGUUUAACAAUAGCACAGGUGAAGCGGCAUUGCAGCUGCCCACUUUUUCCAUGGCAGCAAAAGUGAGGGUGAUAAUUACCUUCACUCUUUGCGCAGUGUCAGCUGUGUGCAACCUCUCCGUGUUGUGGGCUGCCAGCACCAACAACAAGCGCAAAUCUCAUGUAAGAAUUUUAAUCAUGAACCUCACCGUUGCCGACCUGCUGGUGACUUUCAUCGUGAUGCCAGUGGAUGCCGCUUGGAACAUUACAGUUCAGUGGUUGGCGGGGGAUCUGGCUUGCAGAUUGCUAAUGUUUCUGAAGCUCGUGGCAAUGUACUCCUGUGCGUUCGUGACUGUGGUCAUAAGCCUGGACAGGCAGUCGGCCAUUCUCAACCCUCUGGCCAUCAAUAAGGCUAAGAAGAAGAACAAAAUAAUGCUGAGCGUGGCCUGGGUGAUGAGUGUUGUUUUCUCUGUCCCUCAGAUGUUCCUGUUUCACAAUGUGACCAUCACUGUGCCAGCCAAGUUCACUCAGUGCACCACUCGAGGGAGCUUUGUCAAACACUGGCAGGAGACCAUCUACAAUAUGUUUACUUUCAUUUGCCUCUUUCUGAUGCCUCUGGCCAUCAUGAUCUGCUGCUACACAAGGAUCUUGGUGGAGAUCUCUCGCAGAAUGACCAAGGGAAACAUUUCGUCAAAGGAGGUCCACUUACGGCGUUCCAACAGCAACAUCCCAAAGGCCCGUAUGAGGACUUUGAAAAUGAGCAUAGUCAUAGUGACCUCUUUCAUAGUUUGCUGGACACCAUACUACUUGCUCGGUCUGUGGUAUUGGUUCCUUCCUGAGGAUUUAGAAGAGACUGUUUCUCACUCACUCACUCACAUGCUGUUUAUUUUUGGGCUCUUUAAUGCGAUUUUGGAUCCCAUCACUUAUGGCCUCUUCACCAUCCAUUUUCGCAAAGGACUGAAGCACUACUGUCGCAAUGCGAUUGUACUCACAGAGUCAGAGAAUAAUUCCAUCAUGACGGGCUCACUGAAAUGCUCACCAUCCCCAUUUCGCAUGAAAAGAGUGACCAAGACCAGUCCAGGAGCUGACCUGGAGCAGAAUGCAGUGAGUGGGGAAGAUAAGAAGCCAGCUGACAGUGAAAACAAGGAGUAGUGGCAACCCUACCAAUCGAGCCUUGAAAGUGUCAUUUGAUUAAAGAUACGGAUGUGACAAGGCAGGCCUUGUACUGGCUGUCUAGCUGCUCACAAGAACAAUGAGACAACAACACACUCCUGCCGGUUCUCCUCAACAACAUUAGACAGUUUCCAAUUGAGCCCAAGUGUGUCACAUUUCAUUCACUGAUGAGCUAUUAUAUUUAAUACCCAUCUAUUUUCCUGAUACAGGUGAUUAAGUUUUGUAAUAAUUUGCUCUUUGCUAAAUACGUCAAUCACAUUGCAGUUUAAUUAGACCAUUUCUACUUGUGGCUUUUGUUGAAAAUGACAUUUACAUUAAAGUUUUUUUUUUUUUACAUCUUCACCUGCUAUCACAAAGGGCAUCGCUCUUGAUUUGCUGAAGAGAUUAGUUUCAUCUAAUAAAUAAACAAGACAGAUAAUAAGUGUGGAUUUAGCAUUUUGAGAUAUUACAAAUGCAAAUUCAUGUGCACUGGUUCUUGAAUAAUUGUCUGGCGUUAUUUGGAAGCAUUUCUUCUUUUUGGAAUCAACCCAGACCCUUGCUGUGCUAGUAUUACUGGGCAGCCUGAACUCAGAAUCUGAAUUUAUGGUGUAUACACAUACAUUGUUUUGUAUGUUUGGAUGUAGGCUAAAAUGUACAAUAUGAAUGCAUCUAAGAUCUAAUCUAAGCAUCUUAAUUUGUUAGUUUGAUUAUUUAUUUAUAUAGCACCUUACAGGCUACUCAGUAGUUCCAAGGUGCUGUACAUUACAAUGGAAAGCAAAACAAAAAACAGCAACAAUACAAGCAUAAAAACAUCCAUAUCCUAAAAUGUGUACAAAUAUGAUCUCAAACGAUCCUUUUAAAGAUAACGAACAUCUAACAUCCAGUUGCAGAUUAUUCCAGUCUUGGGCCAGCGACAGAGAAAGCAUUUGAGAUG